CCCGAUCUGACUAUGGGGAUUUUGACUGAUUUACAUUAGCCGACCAUGGCUUCGUCCUUUUGUUCUCUCCAGCUUUGCGCCGUCGUUGUCCUCACUGCAGACAGCAUUCUCCCUUGAUCUAUACAAGGGCUAAUCCAAUAGCUCAGUCAUUACUGUGGUUUCAGAUUUCCCGACGAACUCCUGCAGGAUGAGGGCACAAUGACCUAUAUCAGGCGGAACGUGCAGCGAUAAUGUCAAGCCGACCAGAUCCUUGUGAAAAUUGUCGAAGAAACCAUGUAAAAUGCGAUGACAGUGGAACAACAUGUCAGCGCUGUCUCAAAGCAGGCCAGGAGUGCGUGCGCCAUCCACGAAGAGUGAAGUUUCGACAUGGCUCGACGGCGAAAUACGACUCGGAGUUCUCGCGAGAUCAGAUAUGGAUGAACCCGUCGGCUAAUGGGACAACUAGCUUCGAUUUCAUAGAUGAGACGCCGGAUCUGGUGGCCUUCUAUCGGCGAGACUCGCUCGUAGUAUAUUCCCAAGGCUCAGAUUACGAAGGGAAAAGCGCAUCACCAUCCUCCGAGAUCGAAUCGUAUCCGCCAUCUACCAACGUACCAACAACAUUCCCACUGCUGCCUACAAAUGGAUCAACUAUCUUCUCUUCAGAAUCGUCGGGCUCCCUACGAGACAUCUACGGCGAUGUUCUAUCGCCAGAAAGCACUCAAUUGGGCAUCUCUCAGGCGGCCAUGUGGUGCCAUCCAUCAAGCACAGCUAAGGUUUCCCAGCAAUCACAGGCCACAGCAACGUCUCCUGAGAACACAGGUUCCUUCAAAUCGCCACUCCCCACAAGUUCGCGCUACGACCGUUCGCAUAGUUUAUUUCCUCCAUUAUUUGUCCAAGAGGAUUCGAUUUGGCCGAACUUGGAUGUGGAGCAAGCAUGUCUAUUGAGAUAUUUUAUUGAGAACCUGGCAAGAUGGUUUGAUCUUUGCGAUCCCGAACGGCAUUUCACAAGAGCUGUGCCGCAGAAGGCUUGCACGUGUCCACCAUUACUGAACGCAAUUCUUUCGGCAUCCGCGAGGCAUCUCUGUACGCUCCCGAAACAUUGCCGCGCCGCAGUUAUGAUCAAGUAUAGCCUUCCACGUAUUAUGAGAUUCGGUGAAGAAACCGCACUGUAUUAUCAUAGCAAAUGCAUAUCGCAGAUGAGGUCACUUUCCCACGACCCUGAUGCCCUCAUGGACGAGAACUUAUUGGCCGCCGUGGUAAUUCUGCGCUUCUACGAAGAAAUAGACGCUCCGUUAGGAGGCCUGUCUGGAGAGACCGCCCUCCGCGGCCUUCAAGUGUUCAUAGAAGCGCAAGCCGCAUCCGCAUUUACUGGAAAUGGACUCCGGCAAAUGGCAUUCUGGGUGGGCGUUCGUCAGGAGAUCCACAUGGCAUUUUUGCAACAGCGGUCAUUCCGCCUCCCUCUCACAUUCUGCGAUAGCUAUCGAUCUUGGGAACCAGCUCCAGAUCAUAUAUGGGCUAACCGCUUGAUUAUAUUCUGUGCCGACGUUCUUCAGUUUUGUUUCAACGACACCUCCACAAAGGAUCACGCUCGAUAUGAGGAACUAAUUGACUUUCCACGAAAAUGGCUCAAGUACCAUCCGCGGUCCUUUGCACCGACAUAUUACCGUGAGCCUGACAGGUCUAAAAAUGAAGUACUCCCUCAGCUUUGGUAUGCUGAGGAUUUCCACAUCGCAGGCAUCCAGCAUAUGAUUCUCGCUAUGAUAUUGCUUACCGUGUAUAAACCCAACGUCCCGCGAUUGGGCCUAGGCCAGCGCGAGGCAAUGAUUGUCAUGGAUUCGAAUAUCAAAUCAAUGGUCCUGGAAAUUUGUGGAAUAGCCGUAUCGAACAGACAAUGCCCACCUUCCCUCCUAACCGCCACGAUCGCCAUCACCAUGUGCGGUGACCGGUUCACAGAUGCCCAUGAACAGCAGGCCCUGCUUGAUGUGCUCAUCGAAACGGAUCAAGACAAUGCGUGGCCCACAGCUUCCAUGCAAGCAAACCUGAAAAAGGCAUGGGGAUGGGAACGAUCAUCUUCCACGACCACAUAGUAAAAGCGAGCUUGUCAAUUUGGAAUGCGGGAAGUAGUAUGAAUGUGAUGUUCAUAGGUGCUGGAAAUUCUGGAUAUGAAAGCUUCGGCUCUUAUCGUUUGCAUAUAUAGGUCGGCGCAGGCAGUUCUUGGCAUAUAGCAU